CUUCGUUUGAAACUCUGACAUCUUCGAUUGAUAAACUUAAAAUUCAAUUCAAAACAGUUCAUUAUUAUUCCAUUUGUUUAGAUGAAACAAUCUGAAGACGACAGAGUGCGCUUCUCGAAUGUCUUCUCAUUAUCAUAGAUCUGUCAUAGCAUUUAUUGUUCGAACAACAAUUCAAAGUGAUUCUACAAUCUUCUUAUAUUUUUUUAUGCAUUAAAUUCUAAAAUAACGGUAAAAAUGAGUUCUAAUUCUGUACCGCAAAUUGAUCUCAACGACAAAUUUAAAGACCUCCGAAUAAAGUUAGAAAUUGACCCUUCAGAAGAGAUAGAAGCUGAAUUUAUAAGCAUCGAUCAAUUACGGCCUGUGGAUAUAGAAAGAUCAAACACACACAAAAAAAUUUGCGCAAACCUAUACCAUGAUGUUCUGCAAGAAGCUGUCAUCCUCUUUGGUUAUGCUAUUAAAUUUUCUCAAAAGCACGGAAAACCGAUACUUGGCCUGAAUCUCAUUCUUCCAAAAAUCGCGUGUUUCAUAGCUGGCAAAAAUGCGAUUGACAAAGUAUUCAAUGCUUACACCAUUCCAACUAAUCGAAAUGAGUUGUCCAUUGCUAUACCAGACAUCAUAUCCAAAUACAAAUUGAACGCCCAGAAGAACAAAGUAGCUAAGUGUCUUGAACAUUUUGAAUCUCAGGUUAAAGACUCUCUUACCAUCUCAUGCCCAGUCGAAUUGGAUAGAUUUUCUUCGUAUAUAGCUGUUCAAGUUCAUGCAGUGAGAGGUGUAGUGUCAACGGUAUCCAAUUUGAGCUAUGAUUGUAACAAAGAAACAACCAAAAGAAAUGUCCAUACACUUAUAGAUAAUGAUGAUGCAGUUGCAAAGGCUAUCAUGGAAAUGUUUCCUCAUUCUGUAGCCAGUUUUAGGCAAACUGGACAAAAUUAAUUUGAAUGAUUGUUAUUUUCUGAAUAUGUUUUCUUUACAAUUAAUACAAAUACAAGCCGAGAAUAUGGAUAUUCUCAUUUGUUCAUACUGUAAAA